GCCCAGCUGCUACGGUGGCCACCAAGAGUCAGAGGCGCCCGCCGGGCUCCGGGCGUGGGUGGCCUUGUCUGUGGAAGCGAUCAGCUUUGGAGACUGGAAUCACAGGAGUCUGCCCAAAGUCAACAUGGCCAAACGCAUCAGCCAACAGACCUUUGAUGACGUGGUACAAGAAAACAUCAUGGAAUUUGACAUGGACCCUGAGGAGGCUGUGAAAGAAGCCAUCCAGCAGUUUGAAUCUCAAGGGGUUGAUCUGACCAACAUUGUAAAAGCGAGACCCAAAGCAUCUGCUUGUGGUGACCAAGGGCCAAAACAUGAAAUUUUGCAGACGCUGGAGGCUCUCCAGAAGUCUGUCGACUCUGCAGCCUCCCAGGUGGUGGUGGAACACCUCGUGAGCUUCAGUGAGCAAUGUCGGGGGCAGGUUGCCAGCCGCUACCUGGCUGCCCAGAAGGGCGCAUACCCUGUUGUGUUCUCGGCCUGCCAGCGAGCUGUGACGGAAGACCAAGACUUCUUGGUAAAGGCCCUGAAUGCCUUGGCUGCCCUGACUGAAGGCCAGCCAGACCUGCUGGAUUCCAGGGGCCUACAGCUGUUAGUGGCCACACUGAAGGAGCGUUCGGGGGUGGCUGAAGUGACGUGCUCUGGGCUCCGCUGCGUUCGGCACGUCUGUCUCAAGCACGAGCAGAACCGGCAGAACUUGGUGAGAGCGGGCAUCCUGCCUCUGCUAACCGGGGCCAUUGAGAGGCACAGCUGCAGGGCCAACGUGGUCAAGGAGGCCUGCUCCGCUCUGAGAAUCAUGACGUUUGAUGAUGACGUCCGAGUGCCCUUCGGCCAUGCCCACGACCAUGCCAAGAUGAUAGUGCAAGAGAAUAAGGGCUUAAAGAUUCUCAUAGAAGCCGCCAAAGCAUUCCCAGACAAUCCGACUCUUCUCGGUGAGCUGUGUGGUACUUUGUCCCGCCUGGCUGUUCGGAAUGAAUUCUGUCAGGAGAUCGUCGAUCUAGGGGGCCUCAACAUCAUGGUGGCCCUUCUGGCUGACUGCAUCGACCACCAGGAGCUGGUACGGCAGGUGCUGGGCACUCUCCGAGCCAUCGCUGGCAAUGAUGAUGUAAAGGAUGCCAUCGUCAGUGCAGGUGGAACAGACUUUAUUGUGAUGGCGAUGACCCGGCAUCUCUCCAGUCCCCAGAUCUGUGAGCAGAGCUGUGCAGCCCUGUGCAUGCUGGCCCUGCGCAAGCCGGCCAAUAGCCAGGUGAUUGUUGAGGGUGGGGGCGCCUUGGCAGCCCUGCAGGCCAUGAAAACCCACCCGAAGGAAGUCAGCGUGCAGAAACAGGCUUGCUUGCUGAUUCGUAACCUCGUAGCCCGCACACAGGCCUUCUCCCAACCCAUCCUGGACAUGGGGGCAGAGAGGCUCAUCAUGGAAGCCCGAGCCACACACCGGGAAUGUGAUGAUGUGGCCAAGGCUGCCCUUCGGGACCUGGGCUGCAAGGUGGAGCUUCGGGAGCUCUGGACAGGCGAGAAGGGAGACCUGGCUCUCUGAGGCCCCGCCUGCACCAGCAGGCUUCAGAACAUUCCACAUCUCACCUGGGAACUUGAGGCUGCAAGGGUACAGUGCUGCUCAGAGGCCUCAUGGAAGAGUCUGUUACCUUCCAGUGGCCCAGAAGUACAGUCUUCUCUACCUCUGGCUCCAGAGGGAACACCCUGGCCCCCUCUAUGUGGUUUUGGUACCACCUCUAUCCUGCUCAUUUCUGAAGGCCAUAGUUGAGAGCAGAUUGGUUUGGAUACAGCGGGGCCCCCUUCCUCCUGGAGUGAUUUUGGCCAUUCCGUGUCUUGUUUGUUUUAAUAUGACAGUCUCUUGGUGGCCUUGUGUGUCUUCUGCUUUAGGCCAAGAUGCAUGUUCCUGUGAAGGUGGACAGCCAGAGCCAGUCAGUAGACCACCUUAUCACUUCGACUCAACCUCCACUUGCUUAAAACAGGGUAAAGAAUGAUGUCUGAGAAAUGCUUCUUAGAUACUGAAGGCUAACCAGUAAAAGCCUGCCUCCCCAUUCAUUCUCCUGAGACUGCAGAAUCACCCCGUGGCUGGCCUCUUUUCCAGUCACUUGCCCCUGAUCACAUCAGGUCUCGCCCUGCCAGCCCUCCAUCUUGGAUCCCUCCCUUCAUCCUCUACCUUGCUGGGGAAUGAAGGUGGAGAAAAUCAUAAAACUGUGCUGACUGUACAUUUAUGUUACAUAAUCUUCCAUAAGCCCAACUUUGUGGCUCCUCAAACAAACACUGCAGGCAUUUUCUCUGGCCGUCCCCUCAUGCAUGAAAUGCACUCUCUCUCCUCAUCUGCAGCUCCUUUAAUUCCCAGCUAAAAGUCAAUCUUUCACUGGAAGCCUUCCCCAACCCUUUCUAAUCCUGGUGCCUUCCCUCUGUACAUUAUUUCCUAUUUAUCCGAUAUAGAGCUUGUUUGUAACUACCUGUUUGCUUGUCAUCAUCCAUAUUAACUUGUGAGCUCCUCUUUUGCCCUUCCUUGUAUUCCCAGAAAUUAGCACAGUGCCUGGGGCACAUAAUAGGUGCUUAAUAAAUGUUAAUUGACUGCC